AUGGCGAGGUUAUCAUCCCUGACGCACCACGCGCCGCCCGCCAGCUCGUCCCCGGAACGCGGCGCCGCGGAGCUGAGCCAGCUGCUCCGCCGGCUCGACCAGACGAUCCUCCACGCCGACCAGGACCGCGAGAAGAGGUUGCGCGCGAGCGAGUUCGAGAGGGCGCGGUUGAAUUCGAACCUCGAAUACGCCCGCGGCCUCCUGACCCGCGUCGAGCAGGAGGCCCUCCACGUCAAGCUCCUCCCGCGGAGGCAGGACAUGCAGGCCGACCUGAACCGCCAGCGGGAGCUGCUCGAGAGGCUGGUCGACCGCAUGCACGACCUCGAACAGCUGCACGAGGACGGCGACGACGACGACGAGAACAACAGCUCCGACGACGGCGAGGACGUGCUCGCCGACAUCAUACCCACGCCCAGCGAGAGCAUGGAUAGUCGGUCGACGGGCGUUCCCACGGAGGAUACCGGCGGCGAGGAGGACGAGGAAGAUGGAGAAGAAGAGGAGGUGAUACCGAGGCUCCCGGAACCCGUCACACCAGCGCCGGCGGCGGUCACGUCGGAAUCAUCAUCAUCACAGCAGCAGACAGGAACGGGAACGACUACAUCACAGACCCUCCGCCCCCGCGGCCCCGCGCGGCCCUCGUCCCCAACAUCAACAUCCACGGCGACGGCGACGGCCACUGCGCGCGCAGCCCUCUUCGCCUCGCGGCGCAGCAACACCAUCAAAUCCACAUCCUCGGGCGCGACGGGCGCGACGACGGCGACGGCGGAGGCGCUGCUGGACCAGCAGCGCGCGGAGCAGGACGCGCUGUCGGAGUCGAUCCUCAAGAUGGCGGGCGCGCUCAAGGCGAGCUCGCAGCGGUUCUCGAGCGCGCUCGAGGCGGACAAGAACGUGGUGGCGCGGGCGGGCGAGGGCAUGGACCGGACGGAACGGGGCAUGGACGCCGCGAGCAGGCGGAUGGGCACGCUGCGGAAGAUGACGGAGGGGAAGGGGUGGUGGGGGCGGAUGAUACUGUACGCGUGGGUGUACGGGUUGAUGGUCGGGCUUGUGUUGUUGGUUUUUGUGAUGCCCAAGUUGAGGUUUUGA